UGCUGUUUUUUUAAGUGUGGCUCUCAGCUGCCGAGGCGGAGGAUGAUGAUGGCGGAGCUGGUUCAGGGACAGGCCUCGGUGGCUCAGCCUGGAGCGAAAGAUGACUUCGCUGACACGAUACGUCGGGUGCGACAGAUGGCAGCCAAGAUGGGAGGAGAGCAGAUGCCCAACAUGAACAGUUCCCCUCCUGUCAUAGACCCCUCUCUUUAUGGUUUUGGAGGCCCAAAGCGUUCACUAGACAAUGGGGUAGGGAAUCACCUUGGUGCAAUGGUACAUCAAAGGGCUUUUGCGACAGAAGACUUCAAAGUGCCUGAUAAGAUGGUGGGAUUCAUCAUUGGAAAAGGAGGAGAGCAGAUCUCAAGAAUUCAACUGGAAUCGGGUUGUAAAAUCCAGAUUGCUUCAGACAGUGGAGGCAUGUUGGACAGACCCUGUACGCUGACUGGAACCCCAGAGAAUAUUGAGCAGGCCAAGAGGCUGCUCAGUGAGAUCGUGGAGCAGUGUCGGUACGGCCCAGGCUUCCACAAUGACAUGGACGGCAACAGUUCCAUCCAGCAGAUUCUUAUACCUGCAAACAAAGUUGGUCUGGUCAUUGGGAAGGGUGGAGAAACCAUCAAACAACUGCAGGAGAGAACAGGAGUGCAGAUGAUAAUGAUUCAGGAUGACCCCAUGCCCACUGGAGCAGACAAGCCUCUGAGAAUCACUGGGGAUCCCCAUAAAGUGCAGCAAGCCCGGGAACUUGUGGUAAAGCUCAUUCGGGAUAAGGACCAAGGAGACUUCAGGGUUGGCAGGGCAGACUUUGGAUCCAAAAUAGGUGGAAACAGUCUAGAUGUUGCUGUUCCCAGAUUUGCUGUCGGCAUCAUCAUUGGCAGAAACGGAGAGAUGAUCAAGAGGAUCCAGAACGAUGCUGGGGUCAGGAUCCAGUUCAAACAAGAUGAUGGGGUCAGUCCUGACAGAGUUGCUCAGGUGAUGGGUCAGCCUGAACACUGCCACCAUGCAGUUCAUCUCAUAAAUGAACUGGUUCAAACAGCUCAGGAGCGAGAUGGAUUUGGGGGUGCAAUGGGACGCCGGGGGCGAGGUGACUCUAACGUGGGAGGACUGCAGGAAGUGACAUAUGCGGUACCUGCUGAUAAGUGUGGCCUAGUAAUUGGCAAAGGUGGAGAGACCAUCAAGAACAUCAAAGAGCAGUCCCGUGCCCAUGUGGAGCUACAGAGAAUCCCGCCGCCCAACACCGACCCCAACGUACGCAUCUUCUCGAUCCGAGGCACCCCUCAGCAGUUGGAGAAGGCCCGCCAGCUGAUCGAUGAGAGAAUUGGGAGCCCAGGCAUGGGGGGCAACAGCAGCUUUGGCAUGAAUCCCUACAACCAAGGACCAACCACUCCUCCUCAACAUGGACCUCAGACGUUCAUGACUGGAGGAUGGGGUACGACCUUUCAGAUAUGGCAGCCUCAAGGCCAACAGGACCACAGUCACAAUGGAUCCCAGACGGGCCAGAUGGACUGGGAGCAGUAUUAUAAAAAGCUAGGUCAGCAGAAUCAAGCUCAGAGCACUGCUCCUGAAUACAACAAAUCUUGGGGCCAGGCAGCCAGUCCUGCAUCUCAGCAGACCUCUAAUCCCGACUACAGCGCCUGGGUUGACUUCUACAGACAGCCGAUGGCCUACUUCAACCAAGGAGCACAGCAGGCACAAGCCCCAGGCCUUCAGGAUCAUUAGAGAAGCCUCCCAGGUUAAAGACUUGAAUCACUGAGAUGAUGAAAACGGCCCUUUCUGAACAGAGGGGGGUCUAGAUUUGCAACGCCUUCAAGACUUUUUUUCUUAGUGAGAAACACUAGCUGUAGAAUGACUUGUAUGAUAACGUUAAUAUUUCUAAAAUCAGGAACAUUUAUUUGUUACUAAAUGCUUAUGUACACUGUUUUACGUUUUUUUGGAUAGACAGUAUCUGGGAUCCCUUUUUGGACUUGAGAGAGCUGUUUUGUUUUUUUUCUAUACUUUCCUGUCUUUGACUCAGAUUGUUUCGCCAAAACGAACCCAAGACUUGUAACAUUUCACAAGGCAAUAUGAUCUAUUUUUUUCUAGUUCUGUUGAUAUGAAACCAUGAUUAUAAGCUUAGCAGUGUUGAAUAGUGCCUGUCAUGUCAUAAGAUGUUUAAAGAGUGUGUUAAAUUGUUUUCCUUUUACAUAAUUCAGUGAAAUGAAACUGUGAUGUUUUGUUACAGGAAAUGUAUUUUUGUUACAAGGUUUAAAAAGGAUUAAUGUCCACCAGUGGCAAUAGUUCUACUUUAAUUCCUGAUGUGCAUUGUAUGCUGUUUUUCAUUGUCAUUUUAUUGUGCUCUGGUUUAACAAAAGGUGCAAUAUCUUAUUUCACUUUUGAAACAAAGAUGGGUAUAUUUUGACAGACUUUUAACUUGUAGUUUUAAGAUGUUUCUUUAUUUCAAAUUAAAUGUCAUGGAUAAUUUAUUACAUUGAUCUGAUUUAUUUCAUUGAUAGAAUUUAGGGGGAUGUUGCAAAUAGCUGUUUUGCCUUUGCUAUCUUGUAAGACUGUGUAUAUAUCGCAUAUAUUUGACUGUUAAUUUAAAAAAUAUAUUUCAUAUAUAAACUUAUCUAGAUUUCCUUCCUGGGAUCAGUGGUGCAGGAAAAUUGUCCCUCUUUUUCUGUUUUCAUACUGAAAAUGUUGUAACUGUGUGAUUUGAAAUUUGAUGUUGCAUCUUGUUAUGAAGAAAACUAAGAAGUGGUAGAUUUUUGUGUAUGUUUUGUACCUGAACUAUUCAAGACUGCUAAGCCUCUGUACUUCUACCUGUGUAAAAUUUAAUGUAGUAUUUUUAUGUUUUAAGUAUUAUGAUCAAAAACUGUCUUAUUUGGAACCUCCCAGUUCACCAACACCCCACUGAGCCCUUGCUGUGGACUCAGUGGGGUGUUGGACUCAGUCCAAUGCUAAUAACUUUUUAAUUAAUUUUUUAUUUGUUUGUGUGAGCUAAUAUAAAUGAUGCAUUAUUAUGGAAAAUGAUUCUGGUAUUAGUGUCAUUCUUGACAAAGGGAUAUAAUUUCAAGAUGUCUAAUUAUGAGGUUUGUUUGUUUUGUUUUUUUCCCUUACGUGUACAGUUAACCAUGUAUUAAAAACAUCCAGACUACCUUUGUGUACUGUUAAGCUGAUUUUCUGUUUGUCAAUAAUAUAAGCUCUUGGAUGUCUUCUGUUGUAUUAUGAUACAAAGUGUUGAUUACGCUAGGUUUGAUGCAUAGAGGUUAUAUAGGCCAACUGUGUGUAUUCAUGUUUUAUAAGCAGAAUAUAUAUCUAUUUUCUAUAGUCCAUUGCCAGUUCUCUAAUUCAAAUAAAUUUUCCGCAAGCCUCUCUUGUGGUUGAGUUAUAUCGUUA